GCGGCUGUCAGUGUCAAUUGGUUCGCCGCGACGACUUGAGGUGUCGUCAAUGUGUAAACCAACGUUGUACUCGAAAGUUUCUUCCUCGCGUUCCGUCAUUAGUCGGAAACGGUACGGUUUGACAUUCGCAUCGUCCCCUCGUUCCUGUGUGUUUACUAUUCCUGCCGCGAAAUCAAACGGCGAGGCGUCUAUUUAACAACAACGGUGGUUCGAAGGAUCGGGAUCGAUCGGAAACAGAAAUUUCGAUUUGAAACUCGUACCUAACUUUUCGGUUCGUUUCGUCUGCCCGUCAACGACGACGGGCAGCCACGUUUCAUCCACCGAGCAGACAAGUUCUAUCUUUUCUUUUUUUCUGGUGAUCCCGCUGAGACAUAUCGAUAAAAACAACGCGUCUAUUGGUGACGAUCCACACAGUGUGUGUACGAUCGGUCGAGCGGUGAGAGCAGCCGCGAGGAACUCAACACGUUCACGCAGAUUUCCGUCGUUUCUGCACGUCGUUGCCGGCUUGAAAACGUCACGUGUGGUGCCGGACAAAGAGAAACAGAGAGAGCAUAUGCGAUAGUAAUCGUAAACGCGUCGCAUGCCCGCACGUUAAGUGGACGAGAGAACGCUCAGAUAGGAUAUAUGUUAGCGUGCUUUGACUUCGGUGAAGAUCUGUGAGACGUGCUGUGCUACUGCGCCCCGGCGACAACGCGGAGAGGCUCUUACAAGACUGUGGCUCCCUGGAGAUCGGCGAGGAACGCCAGCGUCGGGUCGCUAUGAUGGAGUCCCUGUGCCAGGUGAACGGCACGAAGAGCAACGGAGGCAACGAUAACAACGUGAACAAUGGGAACAGCAAUAACCACAACUCAGACUGUCCGGAUCCCCAGCAGAGGCUGGCUGUGCUCAGUUUCGAGCAAGUUAGACGAUUGAAUGAUGUGAUGAACGAGGUGGUGUGCAUCCAUGGUCGUGGCAAUUUUCCUACUUUGGAAGUCAGAUUGAGAGACCUGGUUACCGUGGUCCGUAGCAAACUAGAGUCUGACCCGAGCAACGGUGGAGCCGGUAUGAGGGUACGCGACAUCAGGUUGAACGGCGGCGCGGCUUCUCACGUUUUGGCCACCGAGUCGCAACCGUACAACGAUCUGGACUUGAUAUUCGCCGUGGAAUUGUCGAGCGGUCGAAACUACGACAAGGUGAAGGCCGCUGUGCUUGGCUCGUUGUUCGACCUGCUGCCAGAAGGUGUCAGCCGUAAACGUAUCACCACGUGCAGCUUGAAGGAGGCGUACGUGAGCAAAAUGGUGAAAGUGAAUAACGACGGUGACCGGUGGUCCCUGAUUUCCCUUGGGAACUCACGAGGUCACAGGAACGUCGAACUAAAGUUCGUCGACUCGAUGAGGCGGCAGUUCGAGUUCUCGGUCGACUCGUUCCAGAUCGUGCUCGACUCGCUUCUUCUGUUCUACGAGUGCAGCAAGCUACCAAUUGGCGAGAACUUCUACCCAACCGUGGUCGGUGAAUCGGUGUACGGUGAUUUCCAGGAGGCGUUAUACCAUCUUCACAAAAAACUGAUCUCGACGAGGCAUCCGGAAGAGAUCCGCGGCGGCGGUCUGCUCAAAUACUGCAAUCUCCUGGUUAAGAUGUACAAACCCUCUCAACCUGACUAUAUAAAAACCCUCGAGCGAUACAUGUGCUCGAGAUUCUUCAUCGAUUUUCCGGACAUCGGCCAGCAACGGGCCAAACUCGAGAACUACCUGUGGAACCACUUCGUCGGUCCCGAGGAGGAAGCCCUCAAGUACCAGUACCUGAUGUUGCUUCACAGCGUGGUGGAAGAGUCCACCGUGUGCUUGAUGGGUCACGAGAGACGACAGACCUUAUCUCUCAUCGAGAGCCUUGCGUACCAGGUGUUCUGCCAGGAACAACAGCAACGAUUGUCGAAUCAUCAGCAGGCACCUCCUGGACCGCCCACCACAUACGUAUACGCGAACGGUUACUAUUACGCUCCAGUGAUACCCACCGCGUGCUACACGUGCACGUGCAACUCGUGGAUGGCAUGCUCGUCGUGAUGCGACAUCGACGCCAACGCUAUCAUCGCCACUAGCACCGCCAUCAACACCGCUACGACCACCACCGGCACGAUCACCGAUGUCCGCGAUAACUCCAUGAUCUUUAUCGACCGCGGAACCAUGGACGAGCCUCUGCUUAACGACCAGGGGGGCAACCGUCCUCAACCAGGUUACGAUCGACGUAAUUCGGAUCGUCGUGGUUCGUGUGUAUCCAACAAUCUCGAGAAAGACGCUUGUCGAUCAUUGAUCGUUCGCGACAGCGGAUCAAAGGAGCAAAAUCGUUUGCUCCUCAGUUGACGCUUGGACACGCGUCGAACAUCGAACACCGACCGAUCCAGAGUGUGACGUAGACGAGAAAGAUUCUCGUCGGAAUAAAACGGAGGAAGAUAAAACCCGCGGUGGUCGAUUCGCCAAAUGGAUCGUGAGAGGACGGUGUUUAUCGUUCGAGCGGGUCGGUGACAGUGAACAAAAACAACAAAAAUGAAAGAAACAACUUCGCGGAAGACUGAAGACAUCCAGGAGAAGAUCAAAUUCUAACCUAACGGCGGGAACAUUUGUAAUACUGCGCGUUUACGUCCCGGUGUAUCUUUCUGUUUCUCCUGGAUGCGUUUAUUCAGCUCCGGUGGACGAUCAGUUGUCGCGGGAGGAAGGACCAAAACACAAUGGUAUUUGCUGUAAAGACGGUCGUAGGGGAUCAACCGAGAGACUAUAAGACUCCAAGCGAAAUAAAAGAAAAAAGAAAAAAAAACGUUGAAAUAAAGAAAGAUAAAGAAACCAAGCGGAACGAAUAUAUAAAAGAAGUAACAAAAAAUGAAUGUGUUGUGCCUAACGAAUUUGAACGGAUGGUGGAGAGAAACGGAAACCGCAAUUGCGCACGCGCGGUGAAAACAUGCGAUGAAUAUACUCGGUAAACUAUUAUACUAUUGUCGGUGCGCGCGUCGAUGAAACGAGACGGACGCAUAUAUGAAUCGCAACGGUGGCGCGAGAGAGACAGAGACUGUGCGCGCGUUGAGAAAAGAACACACACACGCUUUUCAGAGUCCCCGGGAAGACGGUAGCGCCGCCAAGCGAUGGCGUCGGUUCACUAAGUGAUUCUGUAUGGAACCGGAAGGAGGGAAGUCAAUUUCGGAGGCGGAGGAACGACGACGAAACGGAAUCGGAAGCUGUACGGAGAACAAUACCGAGGAGUUCGAAAGAAAGGAAAGAGAAGAAGAAAAAACGCCGACGACGAGGGAGAACAAACGAAGGGACAGAGGGCGCCUAGGAUCGGAUCGGAGAACGAAAGGAACGUUUGAUAGAUAGCGCAUACGAAAGCGUCCGUCAGCGUUCCACGGUCGCUCCUCUUCCUUUCCUCUUUUCCCAAAACGAAGAAAAAAAACAAAAAAAAUGCAAAAAAAAAAGUAUAUUAUAACGAAUGAACAUAUGAUGUUUCGAGAAACGUGUAACUAAAGGAAAGGUAGUGGUAACACACACAGAUUUCACAAAACGUAAGCAAAAAGUAAACUCAAACAGAUUAAAAAAACAAAGAAAUAUUAACGGGCGUGGCGUUUGCAAAAAAAAGAAUAAUUAUAAAUAUAUAAAUAUAUAUAUACUAUAUUUAAAUAUAUAAAUACAUGUAUAAAAUCUAUGUAUAAAUAUUAAUGUGUGGCUGUGAACACAUUUCAUUUAGAUACUACUGUAACGUGAUAUAUAAGAUUGAGAAAAAAAAAAAUCGAGGAUGAGCGGCGCGAUCGGUGCGACAACGAGAGAGUUUGUACGCGGAGAGUGUGUGUGUGAGAGAGAGAGAUAGAAGAGAGUAAAGGAAGGAGAAGAUGAACGAGGGGUGAGAGGCGUCUCUACUUGUUUUCUUUUCUUUUUUUUUUUUCUUCUUUCUUUAGUUUCGCGUCAACCAGCGCUGUCACAUCGCCUAGACAAAACAGACAAACAAGAACAAAACCUAAGCAAAUAAACAAAAAGAAAACAUGGACACUUAAAGAAACAGAGACACUCUCAUGUAACGUACAUACACGCGAAUACUUGGUAAACUGAGACGAAUGUUGAUCCAGGUAAAAAGAAGCAAACUAUCGUUUACCAAAAGACGCGCGCAUAAAAACAUGAGAUGCUAAAACGACCAUCUAGACAAUCUUUCCAGUUCUAGUAUUAUACGAGGGAAAAAGCGCCGUGACUAAUCUUGGGAUUCAUGGAAGGACGCGUCGAAGGAGAUUCGAGGUGACUAGAAGACAGAAGCCCUUCAUCUUAGCCUGUAUACGCGAAACUAUACACAUAACACGUACAACGAGUAUAUGUAUGAAGACUAUAGGGAAAGAGAUAAGUCACAUUUUAUUGUCCCAUAUUAUGGGAACAAUUUAAAAAUAUUUUAUCAAUCAGCCACAUAUCUAAAUUGUUUUUUCGUCGAAUUUAAUUGUAGGAUUCUCUUGAAAAAUAUUUUCUAAAGAUAAUAAUUUCUCAAAAGCAAUGCUUCUCAUAUAUUAGAUGUUAGAGUACACCCUUUUAGCUACUUUUAGCAACCCCAAAAUGAAGAAAUUAAUAUAAUCGUAUUCCUCGUAUUUCCCCCUAUAAUCUUCGUACCUAAUCGUAUACAUUCGUAGAUACAUAAAAUCACAUAUAUAUACAUACAUAAACACACACACACACACACACACACACACGUACGUGCUAUCGAGCGAUCCUUGCGGCGACCCUAGUCUCCGCCGGAGGCGACGGCGAACAGCUUGCAUAACCUUCUUUCUUCUCGAUACCGAUAAUUAUUUAAUACCUUAUCCGACUGAACAGCAGCAACGCCGCUCGCAAAGCAAAAUACACGCGCGUUCUCGUGCCUAUGUUUCUCCGGCCGUGAUAAAACUCAUUUGCAUAAUAAAACGUAGACUCUUGGCGCGGCGAACUUGCAAACUGUAUCGUCCCGCGAAUCACUGUCGGUGCGUAUACAAACAGGCACGCGUGUGUGUGUAUCCGCGUGUGUAUAAUCUCUUCUAUACACGCACAGAGAAUAUACACCACCAAGCCACGAAUCUCCUAGCGUUUUUCGCGUGUCUCAGCAAAUCUUUAUCUCUCUAACGCGUUGUUCUCUUUCUCUGUUCCUACCUGCAGCAGGCAGACACGUAACGCGUACAACAUACGGAUAAAACACUCGCAUACACACACGCACACGCACACGCAGACACGCACGAAGUACAGAGACAGGUGCGUGUAAGCAAGGAGAGUAAAGAAGAGAGAGGACGUAUAUGCUCGCCACUUGGCGUCUCUCUUUUAUGUGCGUGUCCGUAUCGACUGGUGACCCCGUUAGUCAGCAUAGUCAGUCACUUUGCUCGCUCGCUCGCUCACCGGUUAGAACUUAGCCAGGCCUCGUUCGUUCGCUCGCUCACUCUUCCUUUCAGUUUGCAAGCGAAAGUAAAGGCCUAAUAAAAAGCCCGCAAACUGGUUUUUCUGGUAUAUCGCGUGUUAAUGCUAAGGAGAGCCAGGCCGACUAGCACAGCGACGUUCUGCACCCGGUGCGCGCCUCUAGCCGCCUGUUCCCUCUGUUACCAUCGCGACCAUUUGUUUCCAACCACCUAUCGACGAUCCUUAUCCCUCUAUUUCCUUCGUUACGGCUAAUUUCCUAUCAUCUAUCGACGAUUCUCGUCUUUUUGUUUCCUUCGCUAUCACUAGUUUUCGAUCAUCCAUCGACGUAACGUUGCUCCUCCUAAUGAUCGUUUCAUUGUUGUUCUUACUGUUAUUCUCGUCUCUGUGAUCUACGGUAGCAAUAGCCAGCCGUUACACCGAAGCUUUCGUUCCUUCUUCGUAGCUUCCAUCGUCGAAUACACUGCGGAUGUUGUAGUGGAAAAUGGAAAAGAUUCGCGAACGUUAAUUACAUACUCGAUUUGCAACGAAGGGUUUAAGAUAUUUGUUGUCUUGUUGUCGAAGAUGUUAGUAGGUUCGAUGGUUUUGGAUGAUUGCGUGGUUGUUCGUAAUCGGUAGAUGACGGACGUUUGUGCAAAUUUAGGUUUUACUUAAGUCGUUAAGGAAAUGAAAUCUAAGUAGACAUUUCUGUCGCACAUUGAUUAUCAGAAAUUGUAUGUUUCGAAUAUUCUUAUUCGUUAUAUAUAUGUAGAGUACAUAUUCUGCACAUUUAAAUUUUCCAAUAAACAGCAUAAACUUCCCGUCUAUUAAUUAGAAUUGACAGUUUUGUGUUUCUUUUUAGGAUUACAUGGUAAUUUUGUUAAAUGUGAAGUAUUAGAAUGACUUGAGUCGGGACUCUACCGAUUUUGGAUCGAUAUUUAUAUAGUGUAUCGUAUGAAGCGUGGAAAGAAAAGACAUUUUUUUUUUUCUACCGCAACAAGUUUGAAAUUUUAGAUCGAUAUGUAUCCAGAAUGUGUUUAGAUAGAUCUUAAGAAACCUCAAAUUUGGAACUCGAGAUAAAUCGUAACUCGCGGAAGUUUGACUUGCGAGUUCAAUGGCUGAUAUAAUUAGAGUGCUCCUUGUUCGAAGUUUUUCGCAACUUUCUUCAAGGAGAAUAAUUAAAUUUCCAACUUGUUCCUACGAAGAGGAUUGAUUCUUUAUUUCUCGUCUAUUUUCUCAUUCGAACAUCAGACGCGAAUCUAUCAACAAUCCAUUAAAACAUUUCGUAAUAUCGUCCACUCCGUAUAUGUCAGUCCGUCUCGUUUAAUUCCUAAGAACUUUAAGAUCAUGUCGAUCUACUGAUCUAUUGAUCCAAAUAUUGACCGUUCUUUUUAACGUAGGUGACAGGAUUACAAUAUAUAUAUAUGUUCGUUCGCGCCAAAAAAAACUUAUUAAAACGUAUACAUAAAUGUAACCAUAAAUUGGGAAAAAAUUAAAAAAAAAGUUUGUCUCCUUUUAUCGCAUUCGUAUUUUUACUAAUUAUAUAUAUAUAUAUUGUUAUAAAGUAUAUCAGUGUUAAAUUUUUUAAACAAUUUUUUAUUAGUAUAAAAAGAGCUUGUUAUUUGGCUAUGAUACCACAGAUGUUUAUUUUUUUAAAAAUCCCCUAUAUUUUUCUUCUUUUUCGAGAUUAUUACUUCAUAUAAAGAAAAAGUUCGAUUUUUAAAAUGAAAACGGCUACGGUUUAUUUGUCUUUGAUGAAGCAAGAGUUUUAAGAAUACAAACGCUGAAAAUACAUACGAUAUUUUAUAGCCACGUUUCUUUUAGAGAUGCCGGAGGAUUCAUUUGUACGUUCGUUCUUGAAAAAGUCGAUCGAUUCCGAGGCGAUCAAUCAUGACGUAAAGCAUAAUAGCCACAUAGAUCUUUGAAUCUUUCUUCGAGAAAUUCUUCUCCUAAACGCGAGAUAUUCAUUUUCAUCGAAGCGAUAUUUGUUGCCCGAUUAGGAAAUUUUGAUCGAUCGAUAGAACAAGAAUCGCAUGAUUUUUCUGUAUCGUGAUACUCGACAGACUCGUGAAUAGAAAAUUUUGUAGUCGAGAAAUCAGUCAAAUAAAUUAAUUAAACUCGAGAUACUCGUGAUUCUUUGCGAUUCUUGUAUAAAUGAAAGAUCUCGAAAACGUGUCAGAUUAAAACAUGGAGUGGACGAUUUAGGCAAAUUCUAGCUAACUAAAAUGAAUCCGUAUUAUUACUUUUAUUCUGUAUUUCGAACGGUCUGUAUUUCUUCUUUCCUUUCGUCCUUCAAGGUGAGUUUCUUCUGAUUCGAAUCAAGUAGCCAGAGCAAAAAUCUAGGGCUCAUUGCGAGAGAACGAUAUGACAAAAAUAUAAAUCGUAAUAUACCGAGAAAAUACUCUACGAACUUCGUUCUAGAUGAUGUGUGUUAGAUCUAGAUG